ACCUGAGGAGCCCCUUUUCCUCAAGUCCACACCAUCUGCUCCGUCCCCAUGCCGCUGACGUCGUUCCUACCCAGCCCUUCGCCUAAGCGGGAUCCCGCGGCCGCAAUCCGCAACAUUAUACCCGCCGUAUCCAAUGCGAACCUGCGUGAGAACAUAUACACCAUUCCUAACAUCCUAACCGCCUCCCGCCUCGUUGCCGCGCCCUUCAUCGGGUACUGCAUCCUGCACGACUACCAUGCCGCCGCCUUAAGCCUGUUCGCCUACGCCGGCAUCACCGACGCACUCGACGGCUGGAUCGCCCGCCGCUGGAAUCUCAAGACGGUCGUCGGCACCGUCAUCGACCCCAUGGCCGACAAGACGCUGAUGACGGUGCUGACGGUCGCCCUGGCCAUGAAGGGCGCCCUGCCGCUCUGGCUUGCCGUCAUCAUCCUCGGUCGAGACGUCGGCCUGGCCAUCUCGGCCAUCUACUACCGCUGGAUAUCCCUGCCGCCCCCCAAGACCUUUGCACGCUACUGGGACUUCUCACUACCCUCGGCCGAGGUGCAUCCGACCCAAAUCAGCAAGUACAACACGGCACUGCAGCUGGGCCUGAUGGGACUCACCACCCUCGCCCCCGUGAUCCCGGCCGUGGAUAUGAGCAUGCCGCUGGGCAUCCUGCAGUACGUCGUCGCGACGACAACCAUCUGGAGCGGCGCUAGCUAUGUCUACAGCAAGGACGCCGUCAGGAUCCUGACGCCGCAGGAGGUCGAGGAGAAGAAGGCUGAGGCGAAGAGAGCGGAGGACAAGAAGACAGAUGCUCGGUGACGCACUUGGGAAGAACAUCAAUCUUUAUUUCCCCCGCUCGUAUGGUGCCUGCAAGACAACACGGCAGAGCGCAUACUUGACUCUUGCCAACUUUCAUGGCAGCUCCCUUGAUACCGGGAGCUGAGGGGGGAUGUGGGGGAGCAACUCUGCGAGAUUCCGAGUCCUGUGGACUUUCUUUACCUGUACUUGUACAUAUAAAAAACGUGUCUGCGGCGUUGGCGUCGCGGUAUCAGCAGGCAAUCACCCAGCCUUCGAACACCCUGGCUGGCGCAAGCAAA